CCGCCAGCUUUUGCCUGAACCUUACAAGCUUCUGAGAUGAAGAACCCGGAGGAAGCGGCAGACGGGAAACAGCGUAUUCACCUGCGCCCUGGCUCGCUGCGUGGUGCCGCACCGGCUAAGCUGCACCUCCUGCCCUGCGACGUUCUAGUCAGCCGGCCGGCCCCGGUAGAUCGCUUCUUCACGCCCGCCGUCCGCCACGAUGCAGACGGGCUACAGGCGUCGUUUCGCGGUCGCGGCCUGCGGGGCGAGGAGGUAGCUGUGCCGCCAGGGUUUGCGGGAUUCGUGAUGGUGACGGAGGAGAAGGGAGAGGGGUUGAUAGGGAAACUGAACUUCUCCGGGGACGCGGAGGACAAAGCGGACGAGGCGCAGGAGCCGCUGGAGCGGGACUUCGACCGCCUUAUCGGGGCCACCGGCAGCUUCAGCCAUUUCACCUUGUGGGGUCUGGAAACGGUCCCGGGUCCAGAUGCCAAAGUGCAUAGGGCCCUAGGUUGGCCCAGCCUCGCAGCAGCGAUUCACGCCCAGGUCCCUGAGGACUGAGAACCAGAUCAUGAGAAUGACAGUCACAGAUCCCUUCUCACCACUUGGAGCGACUGUUUCUAUCCCAAUAAAUGAGAUCUUCACAAUGCCUGAGUCUGUGGGCACCUUA